CUGAGCAGCAGCUCUGUUUUCAGGAGAAGAACUCCAGUCCGGACAAAGAGGAGCCAGAGCCUCCACAGAUUAAAGAGGAACAGGAGGAACUCUGAACCAGUCAGGAGGGAGAGCAGCUUGUACUGAAGCAGGAGACCGAUGCCUUCAUGUUGACUCCUACUUAUGAGGAAAGUGACCACAGUGAACCAGAACCAAACACUGCCCACCAGUUCUUCUCUCACACCUCUUGUGUGGCUGAGAGCCAAGAUCAGAAAGGGGAUGAGCACGGAGACUCUGGGUCAACUACAAAUGCAGAACACAGUGACAAUGUAAACACCUGUAACUUGUCAACGAUUCACUGUAACACUCACACAAGUACAAGGGCUUUCGAAUGUAACACGUGUGGGAAAGCUUUCAAAUAUAAGUCAGAUUUUCAAAGACACCAGAUGGUACACACAGAUAAGAAGCCAUAUUCAUGCAACACCUGUGGGAAAACCUUUAUCCGGGCAUCAUCCUUGAAUGCUCAUGUGAGAAUUCAUACAGGUGAGAAGCCAUAUUCCUGCAAUGUGUGCAGCAAAAGAUUUAGUCAGACAUCAACAUUGAACGCUCAUAAAAGAAUCCAUACUGGUGAGAAGGCAUAUUCAUGCAGCACAUGUGGGAAAAGAUUCGGUCACAUAUCAAUAUUGAAUACUCAUAAAAGAAUCCACACAGGUGAGAAGUCCUAUCCGUGCAACACCUGUGGGAAAAGAUUCAGUCGGACAUCAACAUUGAACACUCACUUAAUAGUCCAUACAGGUGAGAAGCCAUAUUCAUGCAACAUGUGUGGGAAGAGAUUCAGUCAGACAAAACUAUUGAACUCUCAUUUAAGAGUCCAUACUGGUGAGAAGCCAUAUUCUUGCAAAAUGUGUGGGGAAAGGUUCAGUUGGACGUCACAGUUGAAGAGACAUAUAGUAACCCAUACGAGUGAAAAGCCGGAACAGCAACACCUGUAGGAAAAUAUUCUAAGCAAUGUUUGAAUUGGAAAGGCAUAAACGAGUGCAUAGGCAAAUUGCGAGGAACCACAG